AGAUUAGGCAGAUUGAGCCCGUCUCUGACCCAGCGGCCAUUUCUAAGUUACCGCCCUUUCUCCCCCAACCGCCCUUUCUCCGCCUCAGCCGAAUACUUCCCCUUUCUUUUCUUUUCUUUUUUGGUUUCUUUCUCCUAUUUCCUCGAAUUCGGUAUAUUUCUUGACAGAUAUCCGUGGAUACAUAGUGGACUUGUAGGUUAUUGCAGGGAUGUCUCGAGCCGUUGUAGUCGGCGGUGUAGCUCUUCAUGAUCUCGCCAUCCAUGUCCAGCUUGACAUGGAGGGGAACUCGACAGCAGCGGUGGAGGAGACUAACCAAGGGGGUUGUGACACUAACAAUAGUAACAUCAAUAACCAUUACGGAUUUUGUGCAAUAUGUUUGGAUAAAAUAGUACUCCAAGAAACUGCACUUGUAAAAGGUUGCGAGCAUGCCUACUGUGUGAAUUGCAUCUUGCUAUGGGCCUCUUGCAAAAAGGAACCAACAUGCCCUCAGUGUAAAAAGCCAUUUGAGUUCCUUAAUAUUCACCGUGCUCUUGAUGGAAGCAUCCAGGAUUAUAUCUUCGAGGAGAGUGUAUGCCUUCUUCUAAGAGCGUCUUGGUUUAAGCCUUUGGUUGAAGUGGUGAAAGAAGAGUUGGAGAUAGUAGAAGAGUGUUACUAUGAUGAUGAGGAAGAUGAAUAUCCAGAUGAGUAUUAUUUGGGUAGAUCCUCAAGUCUCUGUAUUGGUAAUCGUCGAUGGGGAGACAAUGGAUAUGUUAGUGCAGGAAGACAAGAAGCACGGCCAUUUCACUCCUCUUCUAUCCAUGAUUCAGGUGCUGGUUCAUCUCGUCAGCCCAAGAAGAAAGAGACUCCUACUAAAGAGAUGGUUGGGCGGCGUGCAAAAAGGGCUUUGAAGCGAGAGGCUGCUGACAAGGCUGCUGCAGCCAAGCACCAGCAACAUCUAGCGAGGUUUGGCCGCAAGUAGAUCCUAUUGCCGUGAAAAACUACUAUAUUCUCCAAGCUAUUGUCAAAUAAAUAUAUACUCGAUGCUGAAUUCGAAAGUGUUGCUUGCCCUUUACUAUUCCUCUAACAUUUAGUUGUACAUUUUAUGUCUGUAGGCUAGUUCGACUUGAUUCUAAUGUUAGAUUCUUUUUCUA